AUGAUUAAUUCAAGAUAUUUAACUGAUACUUGUGAAGUUGUUCUUCGUCUUAAUGAUACAAAUCAAAAUGAAAAAUCUAAAUACGAACAAAUACCUAUUAUUCCUAAACGAGAUGCAGAUCAAAAACCAUUUCGUCUUUGUGUACCACAAUCUCGUUUUCUUUCUGAAUUAACAUGGAUUGAAGAAGAUAAAGAAAAAGAAUUAUUACGAUCAGAUAUGGUAGACUGA